GGGCGGCAGUGGCCGCGCCUCCGGCCGAGCGGCGCCGCAGCGGAUCAGGACGUGGAGCGGGGCCACGGAGCGUUCCUCGGCUAACGGGCAGCAGCGCCACGGACACGUCUCUCCGGUCGAAGCGAGCGAGUUACUGCCUGCGAGCCCAGCUGUCUGGCAGGGCAAAAGAGAGAAACUAACCGCCAAAGAACCCCCAGCCUCUGCUCGUGCCCGGUUUUUUUCGGUGUUUUUUUUGUUGUUAUUUUUUUGUUGUUGUUUUUUUACGUUUUAUUUUAUCUUCUGUAAUUAUUUCGGGAAAAAAAAAACAACAACAAAAAAAUACAUCGCCGUGUUUUUAGCAAUUCGUGCCGCGUGUGCAGUUGCUUCCUGCACACCCCUGACAAACAAAGGGAAAGGGGGAGGGGGCCCGCGUUUCGCAGAAGACAUGCGUUCCGUCAGGAAGAGGUGGACUGUGUGCACCGUAAGUCUCCUCCUCAUCUUCUAUAAGACGAAGGAAAUAGCGCGGAACGAGGAGCACCAGGAGGCACCUCUCACCGGAUAUGGUGAACUGAGUUUGAGUAGAUCAAUGAUCAAUAGUUCUGAUAAGAUAAUUCGAAAGGGUGGCUCCUCAAUCUUCCAACAUGCUGUAGAAGGUUGGAAAAUCAAUUCUUCAUUGGUAAUGGAAAUAAGGAAGAAUAUUCUUCAGUUUUUGGAUGCUGAAAGAGAUGUCUCAGUGGUCAAAAGCAGCUUCAAGCCAGGAGAUGUAAUUCAUUAUGUACUGGACAGACGUCGCACUCUAAACAUUUCUCAGGAUUUGCACAGCCUUCUCCCUGAAGUUUCCCCGAUGAAAAAUCGCCGAUUUAAAACCUGUGCAGUUGUUGGGAAUUCUGGCAUCCUUCUGAAGAGCGGUUGUGGUAAAGAGAUUGAUAGCCAUGACUUUGUAAUAAGGUGCAAUCUAGCUCCUGUGGUGGAGUUUGCUGCCGAUGUGGGAACGAAAUCUGAUUUUAUUACCAUGAACCCAUCAGUUGUACAAAGAGCAUUUGGAGGCUUUCGGAAUGAGAGUGACAGAGAAAAAUUUGUGCAUAGACUAUCCAUGCUGAAUGACAGUGUCCUUUGGAUCCCAGCUUUCAUGGUCAAAGGUGGAGAGAAGCAUGUGGAGUGGGUUAAUGCAUUAAUCCUUAAGAAUAAAUUGAAAGUGCGAACCGCCUAUCCAUCACUGAGACUUAUUCAUGCUGUCAGAGGCUAUUGGCUGACAAACAAGGUCCACAUUAAACGACCCAGCACUGGUCUCCUCAUGUAUACACUUGCCACCAGAUUUUGUGAUGAAAUUCACCUGUAUGGAUUUUGGCCAUUCCCAAAGGAUUUACAUGGAAAACCAGUCAAGUAUCAUUAUUAUGAUGAUCUGAAGUAUCGGUACUUUUCUAGUGCCAGUCCUCAUAGGAUGCCAUUAGAGUUUAAAACAUUGUAUGUGUUACAUAAUAGAGGAGCACUUAAAUUAACAACAGAGAAAUGCGUACAGCAAUAAAGCACAUGUAAAGUACAAUAAAUACAGAAUACCCAUCUCAUCAUAAAGAUGAUGUGCAAUGGCAGUGGGACCACAGUGGGGAUUUGUUUCAAUACCCACUAAGCCAUUGGAAAAAGGUGUUAUAUUAGAAGUACAUAACCAGCUAUUAUACCUGUAAAGUGCUAUAUAACUAAGCUAUCUUGACUGCAAGGAUUCAAGUAAGUGCCACUUUCACUAAGAACAAAGCUUGAAUGUAUACUCAGUAGUGUUUACAGGAUGCAGUGACACAUUCAUCAUGUAUUAAAGAAGAAAAAGAACCUGCCAAUUUGCCACUGUGAUCAGACAACCUACAAAAGAAUAUCCAGUGGAUGGAAUAUUUACUUGAGCAAAUAAAUCAGGCUUUGGCAGAAAAUUUCAUGAUAGAUUUGAGUCGAGAAAGUGAAGUCUGUAAGAUCAAACAAAUCAGUAAAUGCCUUCAGUCAGAGAACUGUUUCUGAUCUUGUAUUAUAACCUCAGCUUUUGUUGCUGUUUUUCUUAUUGCCGUUGGUUGGGUUUUGUUGCUUUUAAAUUUUGGAGUCCUUACAAGAUUUCAAGCAUGUUAUAAGUAAAUGUUUUUAUCUUAUGGAAUUGUCUUAAGAAAAAAAGAUCCAUAAGCGUGGGAGGGUGGAGGGGAACAUCAAAUAUUUUAUCAAGUGUUAUCAUGUUGUAUCCUGCUGUCAUACAAUCUUUAACAUCCCGAUUGUUUUUCUAGCUCCUGUUGUCAGUACCCAUUACAUGAAACCACGCAGAUAUCAUUUUGAUCUGACUUAAAGAGAAGUUUUUCUCUCCUGUACAGAUUUGAAGACAUACAAGAGGGUGCCCUUCUUUUCGGUGCCAAAGAUUACUCUUAUAAACAUUUUUUCCUUAUCUUGGAGAAAUUGUGUGGAUUUCUAUUUCUUUGCUGCUUAAGGGAACAUGUUCUUUGUUAUUUAUAUUUUUUAAGCAUCUCAAAGCAAAGCCUCUUUACUGACUUUGCAUAUAGAAUUCUUCAGAAAAAUCUGCAGGAGUAAAGAAAUUACUUCAUACAUUCAAAUAUAUAUGUGUAUAUAUAUACAGUUUUAUUCCUGGUAGAAAGGAAAAGUCUAAAGAAACUCAGGUGACACUGGAACUAAAGAAAAAAAAGACCUAGCCAAUUAAUGGAAAAAACUGCAGAUCAUACAAUUCUUUGAAAUUUCUAAUGCUGUUAGGUGAUCUCUUUAUUUAAUGUAACUCUUUUGUAUCAUCUAGAUGUUCUGAUGUGUAACUGACUGAAAUAUCACAGAGCUGCAUUAUCUCACAGUGUUUUUUUUGGAUCAACAGUCUUGUUUAUCCACAAAACCAAGAGUUCUUUCACUUCCUUCUUUCCAAAAAAAGAGAACAAGAAAUUACAGGAGCAUAGGAGAGGGUGGAGUAUCAGUACAGCGUACAUUAAGAAGCAAAACCUGUUAUCCUAUUAUAUGUUUUAGUGCUAAAAGAGCACAUAAAUGGGUAACAUAAUGGUUUCACAUCUUUCCUUGGCUAGGGAGUAGGUAUGCAGGUAUAAUGUAUGGGUAUUUUCUUGUUAUGUUUUCAGAUCUACAUUAGAUCCUGGUCUCCAAAUAUGAUAUUCAGUGUAUCUACUGAAUUUUGAAUUAGUUUGUGCAAUUUCAUAUGUAUCACCACACUCACAAACAUUUACUAGCUGAAAAUGCUCUUUAUUACCCAUUUUCUCCUCUUAAGUUCAUGUAUUUCGUCCUGCAUGAUUGGAGAUCUGUGAUUAUGCAAAUUUGGUAGCUAAAUCACUGCCUUGCAGCCAAAUAUUACAGGAAGUAGAAAGUCAGUUCUGCUAUAUGUAAGACACAGUAACAUCUUUCCUUAUUCACCAGGCUCUCGUACCCAGGACAGUUUACUUUGGCCACAUGCUAAUGUGUGAUAAGUGGUCCUAACAUGAAACUCACUGAAACCAAGGCAUCAUGAGGAGCUAAACAGCUAUGGAGACUGGAAUGUAUUUAAUUUGUUGUUGAUAAACCAGAGGGUGCUAUUUGUUCACUAUGUAUGCCUUCAUUUUAAUACAAGGUUAUUUCUUUGAUGGAGAGUGAACAUAUUCCUGUUCUUGCUGUUAGGGUUUUGCUAUGAAAAGCAUAUUUCACAUACAUUGACAAAGUUGCUAUUGAAAUAAAGAAUUCACAGAUUGCCAGUCUAUCAGAAGGUCAGAGAAAAAUCUGCUUAGCUUUCUCUUCUGGGAAUGUCUUUUCUUCUUUCUAGUGUCAGGCCAUUGACAAACAGGAAGCUCAAGUAGUCUAAAAUAUUAACUGACAGGUGAUUUUGUUCCCCUCAUGGAAGGUUUGAAUAUGCCAAUCGAUUAUGUAUCUGACAACAAAGUCCAUGGGGACUCUCUAAUUCCUUGGCAGUAAAAAAAAAUAUUUGUGUAAAUGAAUAAAUGAAAAGAAUAUCAUGUAAAUAGAAAGAUAGGUGACAGAAUUUGCCUUUAAAAGUCAGCAGACAAAUUAAAUCUUGGCCUACGCCUGUUCUGCAUGCUUCACAUUUGAUUUUCCACAAGUGAAGUUAACUUUAGUACCUAAGCCAUGGAGUCCAGGUUUUUACCCUAUCACUAAAUUUCUCUGACUUGGUUUGGCACAAGACAUGACAGUAGCACCUACUUCCAAGACAACAGUUUUCCCAUACCUCCUCAAAACUGAGCCUUAACCUCAUCUUCUGCAGGCUUUCCAUCUUCAGUACUGCACAUUUGGGCACUGUGAGCCAUGGGCUCAGGGCUCUCUGCUGUUACCUGUAUUCAUCCUUCUCAUAGCACUCUCCCCUCAAACCAGCACCUAGGUGUGCCUCCCUUCCAAAACCAUGGGACUCUACACCAGGACAUCUCUUCCUCACCUGCCUCACUUUGUCCUGAGCUGAGGUGUGAUGUAGUGAGGAGUGGGUCUCAAACCAUUCUCUGAGGCAAGUAGCAGUUGUGGUCUUUGUGCAGGUUUUCACAAGUACUAGGGGUCAAUUUACACUAUUGUUCUUGUAUAAGACCUGCGUCCAUGUGGAGCCCAAAGAUUCUGAGGGGCUCCCUGGUGUGUGGUUUGCUGUGCUACAAAUUGUUUGUUUUGAGGUGGUUUGUGACCACCAGUUUCUGCUUGGUCUGAGGCAACCUGAGGUGAGACAUGCCCAGGAUUUUCCCUGUUGUUUGCACUCUACAGCUGGGAAGCUAUAGCAGUGGACUCAUUGCAGACACCCUUCUUACCUUUCCCUUAUACCUCCUGGGGCUCUUGGAGCAUUUCUGUUAAGGCACCCCAGGACCUAAAUGAAAAAGACAGAUUACUUCCGCUAUGUGAUUUUUUCCCUAAAGGUGACCCAGGGCAUAGCAGCAAAGGCUUAACUGCUGUACAGAGGCUUUGAGGUGGAACAGAUUUCAUUUCGUGGUCCUUCACUGGUCAGCAACCAACAUCUUAAGCCUCUGUAGCUGCCUUAGGUGAUUCCUGUUGUUUAUCUACAUUCACACAUCUGCUGCCCACAGAGCACAAAGCAGAUGAUCGCUUUAUAUUAUAAUUACCACUUUUAUAAUCCAACACUAUCAACAACUAAUACAAAGUAGUAGGAUAAAAAGAAAGAUCCCUAAUGUUGUAAUGUUAUCUGCCCUGGUGAGAAACAACUGAAGUGCCAAUCAGUUGUGUUCUGAGUGUUCCUCAAAUUUAUCCUCUCAUCAGCUAUUUCAAUUGCCAGAUGUGGUUCCUAAAUGUACAUUAAAAAUAAGAACUGGAAAUUAAAUCAAGACAGCAGAACAUGUGUAUUUUUCCAAAGCUUACGGCAGCUUUGCAUUAAACAACUUGAUUUCAUUCAGAUAAAUUGAUUGUAAAUUGCUUAUUAAGAUACAUGUUAAUGUUUCUGUGACAGUCUUUCAUGUUUCAUAAAAAUAAUAGAUAAAUGUUUGAUUGUUACCUUUUCAGCUUUGGGACAGUUCUCUCCCACAGCUCUGAGCCACUCUCCAGAUACAAGAUCUACUGAACCUUUCAAAUCUGAGACUGAUGCAUAAUACUGUAUCCUUCUUUUGUUAAACCAUAUAAGCAACAUGUGCUUGAGAUCAGUACUUUUUCUCUAAUUGACUGCAAUUUGAAGAAAAACAGGUGCGGGUUCGGUACCUAUUUUAGUGGUUGAUCUAGCAAAGUGCUAAGCACACUUUGCGGUGACUUUCCUGGGAGAGACAUGUCCAGGAUCUAGAUGGGGAUCCAGAUUAGCAUAUUUCAGGAUAGAACUCUGAAAUUGCACAUUAUUUAUUUUUGAGAGCACUGUUACUUUGUGUAGGGAAAAGCACAAUUGUUAUAAAUGUAGAUAAAGGAAGAGCGUUUACAAAGAGCUUCAUUCCAGCACAGUAUUAUUGCUACUGAGUGUAUAUCAUACAAUUUCUGUGGUUUAAAGUAUUGAUACAUAUUCUCUCAGAAUUGUCAUGUUUGACACUGUUAGUAUUAUUUCAAGUACAUCUAUGGGGAUUGUUUUUUAUUUGUAUAACUGAAAAAUAAAAAAAUUUCUUUCACA